AAUCGUAGCUUGAUCUUGGUAUCACUGGUUGCGUUUCACUUGAGUUGGCAUUCAUGAAGAUAUCGUUAAGUCUCGCGUGUCUUUUCCUCCGAAAUCGUGUUCUUCGAAGGACACAAUGCCUCGUUAUUCCCACGAGCCAGUUAAUGCGACCAAGUCGUGUAAAGCGCGUGGUUCCAAUCUGCGCGUGCAUUUUAAGAACACUCAUGAAACGGCACGUGCCAUCAAAAAUAUGACUCUGCGAAGAGCGCAGAAAUAUUUAAAAAAUGUGAUGGAACACAAAGAGUGUGUGCCCUUCCGUAGAUUUAAUGGUGGUGUUGGCAGAUGUGCUCAAGCCAAACAGUUUGGAACAACGCAAGGUCGUUGGCCAAAGAAGUCUGCGGACUUUUUGCUGCAGCUGCUAAGAAAUGCCGAGAGCAAUGCUGAUUACAAGGGACUUGAUGUAGAUCGCCUUGUGAUCGAUCAUAUUCAGGUGAAUCACGCACCUUGCCUUCGUAGAAGGACAUAUAGAGCGCAUGGUCGCAUAAAUCCAUACAUGAGCUCACCUUGCCACAUCGAAGUGAUCCUGACGGAGAAGGAAGACGUGGUCGCGAAGGCCACAGAAGAAGAACCAUCCAAAAAAAAGCUGAGCAAGAAGAAACUUGCUCGACAAAAAGAAAAAAUGUUGAGAGAAUAAUCUCAUGUGAACGUGUUAAAUACCCCGAAAAAAUAAAGAUCAACGUGGGUUCUGUAUA